AUGGACAAGCUAGAACUGGACGGCAUCCCUACUACGACUAGAUCUUUUCUCCAGGUCGCUGCGACGGAGGAGGCUGCGCCGCCUCUAAGAGUCGUCCAAAUUGAAGGACUGGUUAUCCUUAAGAUAAUUAAGCACUGUAAGGACCACUCGCCUUCUUUGGUCACUGGACAACUUCUUGGGCUGGAUGUUGGCAGUGUUCUUGAAGUUACCAACUGCUUCCCCUUUCCAAUGAGGGAAGAGGAUGAGGAAAUUGAAGCUGAUGGUGCUAAUUACCAGCUUGAAAUGAUGAGAUGCCUGAGGGAGGUUAAUGUUGACAACAACACUGUUGGAUGGUACCAAUCUACAUUGCUCGGUUCCUUUCAGACUGUGGAGCUUAUUGAAACCUUUAUGAAUUACCAGGAGAAUAUUAGACGCUGUGUUUGCAUAAUAUAUGAUCCGUCGAGGUCUGAUCAAGGUGUUCUAGCUCUGAAGGCCCUGAAACUUUCUGAUUCGUUCAUGGAACUCUAUCGCAGCAAUAAUUUUACUGGAGAGAAAUUGAGGGAGAAGAACUUGUCAUGGGUGGAUAUCUUUGAGGAAAUACCGAUUAAAGUUUCAAAUUCUGCCCUUAUCAGUGCUUUUAUGACAGAGCUGGAACCUGAUACUCCAGUCACUCAGUGUGAUUACGAUCGCUUGCAAUUGUCAACAAGUUCAUUAAUGGAGAGGAAUGUGGAAUUUUUGAUUGAAUGCAUGGAUGACUUGUCAUUAGAACAACAAAAGUUCCAAUUCUUCUAUAGGAGCUUGUCUCGUCAACAAGCUCAGCAGCAAGCAUGGCUUCAAAAGAGAAGGGCGGAGAACAUGGCUCGUAAAUCUGCUGGAGAAGAACCCUUGCCCGAGGAAGAUCCUUCAAAUCCCAUUUUCAAGCCACUCCCCGAGCCAUCACGCUUGGAGAGCUUCCUCAUUACAAAUCAAAUUUCCAACUACUGCAAUCAAAUCAAUGGGGUGUCAGGGCAGAGCUUUAACAGACUCUAUUUGAUGAAGGCUUUGCAUGAGGAUUGA